GUCACUUAUUUCUUCCUAGCCUUAUCCUUCAAAAAGGGAUAUUAAGGUGUGGUUUGCUGCAAUUUAUGUAAUAAGCUGUUGCGGUGUGUUUCCCUUUCCCUACCUUCUAGUUACCUUGUCUGCUUCAACAGCCAAACUCUCUGAAUCUGAAACACUGUAUUGUUCACUGUCUGCGUUGAGUCUCAGCAAAGGAGAGCUCUGACCAUGGUGAAUAGCUAGGUGUUGAUAUGUUAAGUAUAAUUGAUAAUAACUAGACUCACAGGGCUAAGAAAAUUCUCAAAGGAAUGUCAAGUUAAUUACUCUGCCACAAAGCAAGAACAGCCCAGGGUGUCUGUUUGUAAUUCUCCAUUGGUAAUUAUUCCAGUACUGUUGUUUUUACUUUCAGAGUGAUUUCUGUGGUCUUUAACGAAAAUCUUCCUUGCUGCAAUUUAAGCCUAUUGCAUCUUGUUGUAUUCACCAUGGCCACAAGGAACAGAUUAUUUCUUUCCUCUCCCUGUCUGCAGCAGCCUUUUGUGAAUGUGAAGGCUGUUACCGCAUGCCCCCUUCUGUCUUCCCUUCUUUAGUCCAGACAACCCUGAUAGGCGUAGUAUGUCAUAGUUUUUACAGCUGUGAUUGUUUUUAUUUUUCUCUGGAUUCUGCCUGAUUGUCCUCUGUGUUUUUGCAGGUGCAUGUGCAGCUGACAUUAUGCUGCAGUUUAGUAUGCCAAGGUGAAAUCUCACAGUAAGAGGAACAGUGAUGUAGGCAGAACACAGUGGAAACAGGAGGAAGGAGGCUGAGUCUUGAAUGUUCUGGUCUCAAACAUAACCUUUCUUUUGUGUCAAUAUUGCCAAAUAGACCAAACCUCUGUAGUUGUUAUAGUUAACAUAUCCAGUUAACAAGGAGGUCUGGAGAGAAGACAAGGAGCUUCACUUUCAUCUGAAUGUGCUUCUCCAAGUUGUCUUGGGUUUUACCUCCUUUAACUCUGAACAUGACUUUUUUGCCUUCCAAUGGUAGCUUUAAUCUGUUGCAGUAAGAAACACUCCUACUUUUUCCCCCUAUCAUCCACUUAUACCCAUUUAUAUCUUUUUGUAUUUUGAUUGUGAGGUAUUCAGGAUGUGGGCUGUCUUUUAUUUGUGUUCAGCCCUGUAUAUUCUUGCCUUUGGGUUGCAAUUAUAAUAGAAAUAGCUAUUAUUAGGUAAAAUAUGUGCCUUUACAGAUAUUCUUUAAAAAGGAAUCAUUUAUUAUUAGGAGACCUUUAUUAGGUAGAAUGGAUGGUGCUUUUAUAAUCUUAAACUUCAGAAGAAGGAGGAAAAAAGGCAAAUUCAUGGGAGAAAAGAUGCAGUUGGGGAGUGAAGGGGCUGGGAGUUAAAGGCGUUUUUCUUCUUUUGUAAGAAAAGGGGCUGGUGGUUGCAAGAAAAGGGCUCAGCAUUCUUUAGAAAAUCUAAGGAUGGUCUUAAUGUUUCAGCUGAGGCAAUCUAAAGAGCAACUACUGCUAAAAAAAAACAUGCUCCUGCUCUCUUUUAUUCCUCAUGGAUGCCAAAUUUGGCAUUUGCAUCACCCUGCCAUGAAUCAGUCUGAGGAAAUAAACUGGCAAGAAAUUAUCAGAAAAAAGACUAGGUCUUGCUGGCUUAGCUGCCCAACAUAACACAUGGUGGGAUUAGGCAAACUCCAGAAGUGGUGCAUGGAAGGUGGUAAGACUAGAGGGAAGGGAAAGCACUCCCCACUGGAUUUGUCUUGGAUGUAGCCUGAAGCCUGAAACCGCAGCUGAAGACAUCAAAUGAUAGAUGCAGCUGUGUCAAACAGCUUUUAUGAAGUGCCAGACAAGAAUGUUCUCCUUGUAUGCAAAUCCCAGAGUCCACUGCAGCAAACUGCCAGCAAACCUCCUCGGCAAAUCUUAGUGCUCCAGGCUACAGCAGGCUAAGGAGAGGAUCAAGGCAGAGGGCAGGAUGUCGGAGCUGAGCGAUGAAGCCAGUGAGUCGGAGCUGCUGAGCCGCAGCCUUUCUAUGUGGCAUGGGGUCAGUCAGAUGAUCUGUCGGGAAGAACUGGACGUUCCCUUGGACUUGCAUACAGCCUCCUCUGUCGGCCAAUAUGAAGUGGUGCAGGAGUGCAUUCAAUGUGGAGAUCUGGAUUUAAAUAAGAGGAACUGUGGUGGCUGGACCCCACUGAUGUAUGCCUCCUACAUUGGUCAUGACACCAUUGUGCAUCUGCUGCUGGAAGCAGGAGUGAAUGUGAAUAUCCCAACACCAGAAGGGCAGACACCGCUCAUGCUGGCCUCCAGCUGUGGAAAUGAAAGUGUUGCUUAUUUCCUUCUCCAGCAAGGCGCGGAGCUGGAGAUGAAGGAUAUUCAUGGUUGGACAGCCUUAUUUCACUGUACCAGUGCUGGACAUCAGCAGAUGGUGAAGUUCUUGCUGGACAAUGGGGCAAAUGCCAACUGCAGGGAGCCUGUGUAUGGAUAUACUCCUCUGAUGGAAGCAGCUGCUUCUGGCCAUGAGAUAAUUGUUCAGUACCUUCUCAAUCAUGGAGUAAAAGCAGAUGUGAGAGAUAACACUGGAGCUACAGCACGGACACUGGCCAUGAAGUAUGGACAUAUGAAGAUUGUGGGGUUGAUAGACUUCCAUACAGCUCCAGUGCCCAAAGUCUUCUGCAGGGGUCCAGCCUUUGUCUUGGCCACAGGAAAAUAUGAAGAUUUGAGUUCCUCAGAUGAAUCAUGUUCUGCUCCCCAGAGACAGAGACCUGUUCGUAGGACCAAGGGUCCCAGCAUUCAUGAGGGGCCCCAGGCUUUGGCUAAAAUAACGGCAGUUGGAAUUGGGGGAAAGAAGCAGUCUCGCUAUGAGCAGGUCCCUCUUCAGGGCUAUGUUACAUUCAAUGAUGAUGGCAGCUGCGAAGCAGAUGAUAUCCGGAACCGGGACGUUACCUCUCCAAUCAAUGAGCAGGAUGUGGAGAGCAGCAGCAGCAGGGAGGAGAAUGUUUUCUGCACCAACAACUUGGCAACCGUCAGGAGCAGCAGCAGCAGCAGUGAAUGCCUGACCAAAGCCCUGGGGGUCAGCAGCGAAGGCUCCCUGGAGAGCAAUGAGGAUUCUGACCAUGCAAAUAGUCCUCCUAGUCGGAAACAAGCCAAAAACUUUAAGAUCAAGAACCGCUACAGCAACAGUGAUAGCCAGUGGACACAUUGCCCUGGGAAACCUGGGAGUUCUAGUCAGCACCUCAUCCUUCCUGAGCCCCCUGUUUAUACAGGACCCCAGGACCUGGCAACAUUCCUUGAGCAGAUUGGGUGCCUGAAGUAUCUGCAGGUGUUUGAGGAGCAAGAUGUUGACCUCCGAAUCUUCCUGACCCUCACAGAGAGCGAUCUGAAGGAAAUAGGCAUCACUUUGUUCGGACCCAAAAGGAAGAUGACUUCUGCCAUUGCUCGUUGGCACAGCAACGCUCGCCCCCCCAGUGAUGCCCUGGAGCUGGCCUAUGCGGAUCGGCUGGAGGCUGAGAUGCAGGAACUGGCCAUUCAGCUGCACAAGAGGUGUGAAGAGGUAGAGGUGAUGAAGGGCCAGGUGUGCCAGGAGCAGAAGCUGCGUGCGGUGGCCGAGAGCUGUUUGAUGGAGCGGGAUGAGACCUUGAAUGAUGUCCAAUGCCAGCUCAGAGAGGCUCAAGCUAUCACCAAGAAUGCUGGGGUCCUACUGGAUCAAAUCAAGUCCUGUCAGGCAGAGCUGUCCUCCCGGCUAAUCCAAGAGCAGGCGGUUGGCAGAGUGCUGGACACAAAGGUGCAGCUUGGAACCGGUGAGAGCAGGCGGCCUGGUCUAAAAGGAUGGCCGCCUUCCUUGAAGUCUCUGAGUUUGCCUGAGCUAUCAGCUGUCCUAGAGGAGUGUGUGGGAGAAAUGGGAAAAGCUCUGCAGACUGUGACUCAAAACCUCCAAAGGCUUCAAGCCCCGGGACAGGGCAGGCAGAGCUGGCUAGAGCCAUAACGAAGCAGGAUGGAAUACAGACGUCGGGUGACUGUUCCACCCGGAAGCUAAGUGUGCCUGAGAGAAUGAGCGUGAGGGCUGUGCUGGCAGUACCGCAGCUCGGCUGAGAGUGCUGCAACGGCUGACAGAUACGUGGAAGAAGGUCUCAGCCACUGGAGAACGUGCCUAGGAGAACAAGGGACAACAGAGGACAAGGACUUGACAGCUCUAUGGGCCUCACUGUUGUCUGGGUUCACAGGACCAUGUUGUUCAUGUCAAAAGGUCCAGUUGAGAGGAGAAGCACUGAGUUGGGAGGGUUCAUUUGCCUAAAGCUUCCUGCAGCCUUCAUCAUUAAGGGCUGUGUGGUGUUAGAAAGCUGACUGCAGCAAUUGACUUACCCUUCUCUCUGCAUCCCAUCCUCCCCAAGACCUCUGACACCUGCCACAGCCCCUCCUGUGACAUGUGAAUUGGUAGUUGUCCAGGAGCUGACUCCAAAAAUGUCUGAAGCAAUAAGGAGGGCAGGCUUGUGGUGAGUGGGUAAAGUGAGUAGUUAGUAGUGUCUGUCAGUUCACUGAGUUGCACAGUUUUUGCAGGCCUAGUCUCUAGCUGGCAUGUCUCCCCUUCUGCCAUCCCAGAGCUGUCCUUCAAAACCUCUCCCUCCCAGCAGCCCACCCUGGUUCAGUCCAGAUUUUUGCCCCAUUCAGGAGUUGUUUGUGAUUGUGCUCCUCAGCUCCAAAAAGCUUGUUCUUGUGGUAAAUGCCUAAUGGCAGAGACCCUGGCAGUCAAGUUUCCGUGCCAAGAUCCCAACACUGAGAUCAGUUGCAAGGCAUAUGUGCCCCUGGAAGGACAUGAGAGAGAAGGAAAAGCUCCAGAGAUUGUUCAGUCUCCUGUGCCUCUGGCUAGGAGGAGAGUGCCAUGGCAGGCAGAAUAAGAAUGAGGGAUAGAGGUCCGUCCCCUCUGGGAGAUGGGUAAAAAGUCAUGUCCCAGAUCUUGCUGCAGUGCAAAGCUUCAGUCCUCAACGACUGCUUGCCCUUGAAUUCCAGGCUUCAGUGUUUGGAAAUAGAUCUGCCAAGGCAUUCUUGCACCAGCAGUGCAGGUGUGUUCAGAGUUCAAGCAGGUGGUGCAGGAAGAGGCUGACUCCCCAAAGAGACUAGCCCAUCUCUUGAAGGUGUGCAAGCAGCCAUAUGGGGGCCAGUGACAGCUGUGUUAAAGCAAAAUGGUUUCCAGGACUGUGCAGUGAUUCUCUGUUCUUGUGUAUUGCUGAGUCCUGUGGGGGAAAAUACCUUAAUUCUGAGUGGGCUUGAGGAGCCUGGAAAAUUGUCCUUCUCUUCCCUGGGAAGGGGAAGAAACAGUGUUUUCUUUCUGAUUUUUUUUUUUUUUUUUUUUUUUUUUGGGGGGGGGGGAGCUUGAUCACUGAUAGCAAAGUACAAAAAUCAGUUCUAGCUCCAUCCUUGGAGCUGGAGUCAGCCCUUCUGAUCAGCAGCCCAGGACCAUUUAGGUGGGCUUGAAAGCUAAUCUAUGUUUGAUAAGUGACAUCUAGCUUAGUUGUCCCAAUGGAAAGGUGUACCUGUGCUUCCGGGGGACAACCUUGGGGCACUGAGGCAGAUAAGGCCCACUCCACAAGCCUGCCCUGCUGGCAGUUUGUGUGCAGCUUGUGUGCUCAGCUGUGUGGCAUUGCCUUGUGCUCAUGUUUGACUCUUAAACUUGAGACCAAAAAAUUGUGUGCCACGUUUAGCAAAUGAGUCGAUGGCAUGGGUGCACGCACGUAUGCAUCUGGUGCCUAGCUGGGCAGCAGGCGGUAGGACAAGGCCGCAGGAGGCUUCACCCUGAAAAGCUUUUUGUUGUGGCAAAGCUGAUUCUCCUGAAGGCUUUAAUUCCUGAGGCAGCAACCCUGACAGGUUCUCAGAGUGCUGAGGACAUGACUACUGGGAACAGUCUUUUGGGCCUUGUCCUCCAUUCCCUGGUGCCAGAGGAAACUUGGGGAAUGCCAUGGCAGGGCGUACUCCCCUCUCCCCAGCCUUGAGGGUGUCUCUGGCUGCAGUAGCACAGUGUUGUCAGUGCUGCUUCCUUUGGAAGGACAGACUUGCAGUUAAGGCAAGGUGCCUGUGGGGGAAGGGGAGACUUCUGUAGAGGCAAGAAAUUAGUGGAAGGGCCUCAUAGCAUCUGAAGAGCACGGAAGGCCCUGGCCUGGCGAUGCCUUAGUAGAGCUGGAUAGGCUAUGCAGGAAAUUGGAUGGCAGGAAGGAGAGAUUGCAUGGACUUGGGAUCAACUUUGCUGGGUCUUAGGGUGGAAGGAAGGGCUUGGGGCGGGGGGGGGUUGGGACAUCCUGGGGAUUUUAGUGCUUGGAGAACUGGAAAUGAGGGUGCAGAGUGUGGGUGCACCAGAGACUCAACGGUGUAGAUGUGAAGGAAGAAGGGGAGUCCCAAAGAAAAGGUGCUGCAGGAACCCAGAUGUAAAGGUUUAAAGGAGUUCCAGAGUAGCCCUACAGGGACACUGGAGAUGAGAUGUUCAUAGAACAGUGUGUUUCUUUAAGGAGGCAAUCCCUUAAAUGCAGGAUUUUAAAAGCAUUCAGUGCUGAACGGGUGGCUGUGCAGGCAGCAGGGAGAGUCUGCUGCUACUGUAGGUUGAGCUGUCCUGCAGACUAUGUUGGCUGGCUAAAUAAAAUAGCAUUUGCUGACUUGGAUUAAAAUAAAAAACAAAAUCUGUUCCUA